AUGACCAAAACGGUCAUUGGUCGGCCCCGUACGACAACGUACUUUGGCUUGAUCAAGUGCACGGUAUUACCACCUCGUGGACGUUUCCAUCCAGUCCUUCCCUAUCGAACCCAAGGCAACCUGAUGUUUCCUCUGUGCAAAGCCUGCGCUGAUACGUGUCACCAAGCCCCUCGUACUCAUUCCGAGCGUGAACGAGCUAUCCAAGGAACCUGGUGCAGCGUGGAAUUAGAGAAAGCCCUGGAGAAAGGUUACCGUAUCCUCCAAAUGCACGAAGUGUGGCAUUUUCCCGACACCUCCGACGCGCUGUUCAGGGAUUAUGUGGACACUUUCCUCAAAGUCAAGCAAGAAUCCAGUGGUUAUCCCAAGAAUUGUACCACCAAGGAACAGAAAGAGCAGUACGUCGACGAAUACUUGGCAGUCGAAGGAAUACAAUUAGAUCGAGAGAAGAUCGAACACAAUCUUGGGAUGCGUGCAUUGUCCAAACUGAUACUGAAUUCGUUUUGGGGUAUGUAUUUUUAAACGGUUAUGUUCUCGCAUGGACGGCGAGGUAAACUUAUCUUUUACAGGCACUUAUAUUAAAAUUUUCCCCUUAGGAAAAUUUGCGCAACGGUCCAAUAUGGCCAAGGUGGAAUUGAUUAAAGAUCCCCAAGUGUAUUUCGACUAA